UGUUUUGUUUUUUAGGGAACCAUUAGCAUAUGCUUUUAUCCGAAAAAGCAAAACGUAGUUGUUGCUCCAGUUGUCGGAAGACUCGUGCUCCAUCUUCUUUCUUCUGCUUUUGAUAACUUCUAUUGUUGAUACUUCUACACAAGAUUUUCCAGCACAAACAAGAAAAAAUGAGUGAGGGAGGGAUCCCAACAAUCGAUAUCGAAGAUUUUCCAGCACAGAUGGGAAAACUGAGAGAAGCGUGCGAGAAAUGGGGAUGUUUCAGAUUGGUAAACCACAAAAUUCCCUUAACAUUAAUGUCGUGGAUUGAGAUGGGUGUUGAAUGCAGGGAGAUCAUAAAGGUUUAUGCGAAAGCGGUUCAUGGAGUUGGGAUGGAAAUAGCAGGAAAAUUGGCUGAGAGUUUGGGAAUUAUAAGUAGUAGUGGAGAAAGUGAGGAGAUAUUCAGAGACUGGGCUUGUCAAUUUAGGAUAAACAAGUACAAUUUUACCCCAGAAACUGUAGGUUUAUCAGGCGUACAAAUGCAUACAGAUUCAGGGUUUCUAACCAUUCUUCAGGACGAUGAAAACAAUGGCGGUCUAGAGGUGAUGGACAAUUCCACCGGUGAGUUUUUAUCUGUUGAGCCUCUGCCGGGUUCUCUUGUUGUCAAUCUCGGCGACAUGGCUGCGGUGUGGAGUAAUGGGAGAGUGAGUAAUGUGAAGCAUAGAGUGCAGUGCAAGAAAGGAGAGGUGCGUGCAUCGAUUGCGAGCUUCGUGUUGGGGCCGAAAGAGCGCGUAGAAGCUCCAACUCAACUCGUUGACUCUGAACACCCACGUUAUAUGCGCCUGUAACUUAUGAAGGUUACAGAAACUGAGAUUAUCUGCCAAGUUGCAUGCUGGAGAAGCACUUUUGCUCAUACGCAAUAAGUCUGAAUCUAUACAUGAUAAUAAUGGACACGGGUUAUAAGGCAUGUCUGAAGGUGGGAUUGAAUUCGUGCGGUGAGUUAUCACUGUGGGGAAACAGGAAAUGUCUUGUUCUCCAUGUUUUAAAUAAUGAAUGAAUUGAAUGUUUUGAGAGGAA